GCCCGAGGUGUGAGCCCCUCUUCUUGACAGAGCCCAGCGGCCGGCGCGCGCGUGCACCGCGCUGACACAGCUCUCGGUCGAGCGGUCGCCUCGCUUCCGCGCGCGAAGCGGCGGCGGCGCGCCGCGCGGCGUGGCUCGGGCGCGGCGGCGCAGCGACCGCCAUGGCCCUCGGCGCCCAGCCCAAGCUGGCCGCGGGCGGCAUCCUGUCGCUGAUGAUCGUGGGCCUCGUGUCCCUCUUCCAGAGCGUCGGCGUCCUCUUCGGCACGUCCUGCCUCUUCAGCCUCGUGCUCAUCGUCGUCUUCCUCACGUCCGAGGGGUCGCCCCUGCUCUACGCGCAGGAGGCCGAGAACCGGUUCUGGACCGUCGUCGCCAUGCUGCUGAGCAGCGCCGUCUUCUUCUCCGAGGACAGCCCGCUGCGCAUCGGCAACCACAGCCCCGUGCUCGGCGUGACCUUCGUGUCGAUCUUCACGCUCUGGAUCUCCUGGUACGACCGGUGGCUCCGGCGGCGGCGGCUCGUGCGGACGCCCCACUUUAGCCGGCAGCGGAGCCGCGAGUCGCUGCGGCCGGACCUCGACGAGCAGAUCCAGGCGCUCGCGCGCGUCGACGACGCGCUGAUGCGCCUGGACCACUACUACAUCCCGUCGACGAUCACGCGGCUCUGGCGGCGGCGCGAGACCGUGCGGCUGGAGCGCUUCAUCAUCGAGACGCUCCAGGACGCGACGGCGGACGAGUUGAAUUCGCUGCUCCGCCGCGUGAAGCUCGGGCUCCUCGUCUACAAGCUCAAGGACGAGGGCGGGUCCGUGAGCCGGGAGGCGGGGACCGAGGACAACUGGCGCAAGCGGAGCCCGUCCUACUACUGGACGUCGAGCCGGGAGGCGCGCGGCGCGCGCACGGAGCUCGUCGACCUGCUCGCGGUGCAGCGCGUCGCGGACCUCAACGUCCACUCGCGCGUCGUGCUGCUCGACGCGCUCCAGCAGAUGCCGCUGGCCGCCUGCCCGGGGCGCGCCGAGCUCUGGGUGCGCAACGUGAUCUUGUGGACCAAGGGCGACGAGCUCACGGAGCUCAAGACGCUCUGCGACCUCAAGGGCGACGUCCACAGCCUCCACCGCCUGGUGUACCACGACAUCAGCCAGGGCCACGUGCGCCGCGAGAUCCUCAAGCACAUCCAGCGCGAGGCGUCCGUGCACGCGGCGCACCGGCUCCUGUCGACGAGGAUCUCGCGGCUCCGGUCCGCGCGGCGCGGCGACCGCAAGGUCCUGAGCGACAUCGACGACACGCUGAUGAGCAGCGGCGGCGUCUACCCGGCGGGCAUCGACCGGCGCUGGCCCCGCAAGGCCGUCUACCCGGGCGUGCUCGCGUUCUUCCGGGAGCUGGAUUUGGGCGCGGCGGGCGAGCGCGACGGCGAGCAGCUCACGUUCGCGCCGUCGGCGCCGUCGGGGCGCCUGGGGAACCUCGUCUUCCUGAGCGCGCGGCCCCACGUCUUCGGCGACCUCGCGGAGCGGUCGUCCUACGCCAAGUUCACGCACCUGCUCCAGUCGCGGCGGCUCCACGCGAUGCCGACGAUGCUCACGGGCGACCUGAAGACGGGCGGCGAGAUGAUGCUCCGGGGCGACAUGGAGCCCUUAGCGCAGAAGAAGGCGCAGAACUUCCUCGAGUUCCAGUCGCUCUACCCGGAGUUCGACUUCGUCUUCGUCGGCGACAACGGGCAGGGCGACGCGCGCGCCGCGGAGCUCAUGGCCGCGGCGUCGAACCCGCGCGGCGGCAAGCUCGAGCGCGCCUACAUGCACGUCGUCCAGCCCAUCGACCGCACGCACCGGGGCCGCCACCACGAGGACGCGCACAGCGCGCGCGCGGCCUGGGACAAGGCGGGCGUCUGCUUCGUCGAGACGUUCGUCGACGCGGCCAUCGACGCGACGCAGCACAAGCUCAUCGGGCCCCGGGGGCUGCGGCGCGUCGGGCUGGCGGCGAAGCUCGACUUCGAGCUCGUGCAGUGGGAGAAGAACGACCGCCGCAUCGACUACCGGCGCGUCGAGCUCGACGACGCGCUCCGGCGCUGCAACCGCGUGCUCGUGAAGAAGUACGGCCUCGACCCCGUGCCCCUCUGCGAGCCGACGGCGAUCCCGUCGUCGCCCUACGACCAGCGGCCGAGGACGAAGCUCCCCGCGCCGGGCUCGGCCGUGCGGACGCCCUUCGGCGGCGGCAUCCUCCUCCGCAGCCGCAAGGACGGCGUCGCCGAGGUCGCGCUCGACUGGCGCCUCCAGGACAACGAGCCCGCCUACGGCUUCUUCAACGCCAGCGCCAUCUCCACGCCCACCCGCUCUCCAACCAUGGGCGGCGGCAACUCGAAGGCGGACCUCGCGGACAUCCUCGUCAUGCUGUCGCAGAGCGACGUCAGCCCGGACGCGCACGACUUCUGGGACGAGCUCUGGAAGCUGAGCACGACGCCCGAGGACGUCUUCGAGCUGAUCAGCCCCGACGACGUGCGGCAGCUCAAGCGGGAGCGGCCGGAGAACGUCGUGACGCUCUUCACGCAGGCCGUCGCGCAGCUCUGCCAGAUCGUGCACACGCCCGUGCCCAUGUAUUUCGGCCAGGCGUCGAACUGCCUGCGGAUCCUGACGCGGCUCCUGCCGUUCCUCCUGGAGGACGGCGGCGACGACUUCUGCGAGCAGCUGUGCUGGGGCGUCGAGGAGCCCGAGGAGGGCCGGGGCGAGGGUGGCGAGGAGGAGGACGGCGGCGCCGAGCCCCUGGCGCGGCUCAUCGUGCACGCGGCGCUCCACCUGCUCUUCCUGCCGGCGUUCACCGUCGACGCCACCGCGUUCGAGGGCGAGGCCGAGGACGCGCCCGUGCCCGCGCGCGCGCUCUGGGCGCCGGGCCUGGGGUGCCCGCCGGACGUCGUGCCGACGUCGUCCGUGGCCUUCGACCGGAACCGCGUCGAGGUGCUCCGGCUCCUGCUCGCGGCGUCGUGCGAGCCGCUCUACGAGUCCGCGGACGGCUUCGACCGCUGGAGCUCGCGCUGGCUCGGCGUCGCGACGGCGCCGGACGCGCCCAACGCGAAGCUGCUGCUCUACUCGCUGCUCAACGUCGUCUGCGGCUACGACCCCAUCGGCCUCGGCGUGCCCUACGGCGGGCACUUGUCCGACGAGGCGCCGACGCAGGCGGUCUACGCGGCGGCGCAGGUGCUCAUCGCUUUGUUGGACUACGGCGAGUCGCCCAAGGUCGGGCCCCAUCCGGAGGGGCGGCGCAACGUCUUCCGCGAGCUCCUGGGGGAGAUCGACGACCCGGACUACCUCGAGUUCCUCUUCGAGGGUUUGUGCCGGCUGCUCAACAACGUGCACGAGGCGUUGAACACGACCCUGCCCGGGUCCCUGAGCCAGAUCGAGUGCUACCAGGAGGUGCUCGUGAUCCUCUGGAAAUUGCUGGAGGAGAACGACCACUUCGCGCCCCACGCGCUCCGCGAGUGCGACGUCACGCGCGCCGUCGUGCCCGUCGCGUUCCUCAUGUACGAGGCGCGCAAGGACGCGGCGCGCGUGGGCCUGGUGCACAUCUGCACCUUCGUGCUGCUGAAGCUGAGCGGCGAGCGGAGCUUCUGCGUGGCGCUGAACAAGCCCUACGAGGCGCGCCUGCCCGCGGACCUGCCGCUCUUCUCGGGGUCGCACGUCGACCUGCUCGUCGUCGUGCUCCACAAGAUGGUCGUCAACGGCGGCGACCGCCUCGCGCCCCUCUACAACUGCUUCCUGACGGUGCUGUGCAACCUGAGCCCCUACGCCAAGUGCAUCGACCUCGUGGCCGCGGUGAAGCUCGUGAACCUCUUCGAGCUCUUCACGUCGCCGAAAUUCCUCUACGCGGCGGAGGCGAACCACGUCUACGUGAGCCUGCUCCUCGAGCUCUUCAACAACGUCAUCCAGUACCAGUACGGCGGCAACGCCCACCUCGUCUACGCCAUCGUCCGCCGCAAGCCCGUCUUCGACGCGCUCGAGCAGCUCACGCUGCCGCGCGCGAUCACCGCCGCCGUCGAGCGCGAGCACGCGCGCCGCGGCGCCGCGAAGCCCGCGCCGUCCCAAACGCCGCCGGCGCCGCCGGCGAACGGCGACGCGUCGGACGCGCCGCCGGCGCCGCCGGUGCCCCACGGCGCGGAGCCCGACGCGGACGAGGACGCGGCGGCGGAGCGCGCCGCGGAGCUCAAGGCGCUGCCGGGCACGGCGGCCUUCGUGCCGAGCCAGGACUGGCUCGACCGCGUCAAGGCCGAGCUGCCCCUGUCGACGAUCAUGCGCCUCCUGAAACACCUCGGCCCCCAGAUCGACGAGCUCUGCGCGCGGUCCGAGUUCAGCCUCGACGAGGCCGCGAUCCUCGACUUCAUCAAGAACACGACCAUGGUCGGCCUCCUCCCCGUGCCCCACGCCAUCGUCAUCCGCAAAUACACGCCCAACACCUUCACCUCCCUCUGGUUCACCGCCUUCCUCUGGGGCGUCAUCUUCCUCCAGAACCAGGUCCUCCCCCUCUUCGACGGCAACUCCAUCCGGCUCUUCACCGUGUCCGUGGUAAAUGCGUGCUGCUUCUCGGGGGCGGAGGGAGUCGAGGCCACGUCGUCGCUGACCAUCCAGCAGCAGCCGCGCUCCGAGGACGACGGCGACGAGACCGUCUGCUGCGGCAUCUUCGAGAAGGACGAGGAGGACGUCGAGUUUGGGUGUGUUGUCGGCCCGGUCCUCCUAUCCGUCCUCAUCGUGGUCUGCGGCACCGCCAGCACGAUCACGAGCAAGCUCCAGUACGAGGUCCGGUCCGCGGGCUUCGUCCAGUGCAAGUACCACGACGACGACGGCCACGCGGACGACGACCUCACGCGGCGCGAGUGCUUGUUCACCAAGCCCUGGUUCCAGACGCUGGUCAUGAAGAUCGCCAUGUCGACGUGCCUCGUCAUCUCCAUGGUCGCCAAGUACUUCAACAAGCGCGCCAAGGCCGCGUCCGCGCCGAGCGACCCGGAGCUCGGCGCGGGCCUCCUCGGCGGCGAGAAGCGGGCCGCGGCGGGCGAGCCGACGAUCAAGUCCAUCAUCUUCAUCGCCAUCCCCGCGCUCACGGACCUGCUCCAGACGGUCCUGAGCCAGGCGGGCCUCAUCUGGGUGAGCUCGUCGGCGUACCAGAUGACGCGCGGCUCCGUCAUCGUCUUCACCUGCGCGCUCUCCGUGCGCUACAUGGGCAAGAAGAUGGAGGCCGUCCACUGGGUCUCCGUGAUCAUCGUCUGCCUCGCGAUCGUCGUCGUCGGCGUGAGCGGCGUCUUCGGCGCGUCCGACUCCGGCGGCUCGUCCGCGGGCGAAUACAUCCUCGGCCUCCUGCUCAUCCUCCUGGGCCAGGUCGUCGGCGCCGUGCAGUUCGUCCUCGAGGAGUGGCUCAUGAACGAGUGCGACGUCACGCCGACGCUGCUGGUCGGCUGGGAGGGCGUCUGGGGAGUCGGCUACUUCCUCAUCCUCGCGCCCGUGCUCUCGUACACGCCGACGGUCAACGACGACGGCGAGCUCGCGUCCGCGUCGACGAUCUGGCACGAGAACUUCGCCGAGACCUGGGACCAGCUCAAGAACUCGACGGACCUCAUUAUUCUGACCAUCGCGUCCAUGGUCGCGCUCCUCGUCUACAACCUCGUCGGCAACAUGGUCACGAAGCAGCUCUCCGCGAUCAUGCGCUCCAUCCUCGAGUCGUGCCGCACGCUCGGCGUCUGGGUCACGUCCAUCGUCAUCUACUACGGCUGGCACGACUCCAAGAGCGGCGAGGAGUGGACCAACUGGUCCUACCUCGAGUUCGUCGGCUUCGUCCUGCUGGUCUACGGCACGGUCGCGUACAAGGAGAUCCUGCCCAUCCCGGGCAUCUCCAAGACCGCGCCGUCCGAGGCCGAACAGUAG